AUGCAGAUCGCAUACCUCCUUUCCCUCGUCGCCUUCGCUUAUUACGCCCAAGUGGACGGCAGCUUCGCAAGCCACUGUGAACACGUCUCCAUCGUCAACGGGAAGGACCACACUGACCUACAAGCGAACUGCGGCGGGCAGUGCAAUGUCCUCAACUUAGAUCUAUGCUACGCAUCCCACCAUGGAGGAAUCUCAGCGCAAGACCAGGGACACUUUAACUCGCUAUGCUACCCUAACACUUGUUCCUUGGACGGAACAACGCUAAAUUGUGUAUGUUAUUACGACGACGCGGAGGGUCGCCGUAGGAAUAGUUUCACGGAUUUGAAUGAACUUAUCUCUGCUGACGGCGGGAUUUUGACGUGUUUUGGUAAUAAGGGUACUAUUUUGCAGGCCUGUUAG